AUGCUGCUGCUGCUGGUCUCGGCUCUGGCGUUCAUGCCAGAGCUCGAGCUCAGACUGGUCGGCUUCACUCCACGCGGCGCGUUCAUCUCAGACACAGAUGCAAUCACCGUCACCUUCAAUCGGGCAGUCAUCCCAUUGGGGGGAGACAUUGGUGCUCCGCUCCCGGAGGACAAGACGCUCCAGCUGCCCAUUGGCGACGAGUGCUUCGGCGGCUGCCGCGCCACCAUCGUCGUCUCAAGCCCGGCCCAGCCUGAGGCUUCGCCCGCGCUGCCGGUGGACUUGGCCACCUCGGUCCUCUUCGAUUCGAGACUGCCGCGGCGCAUCGUGAGCCAGCAUGCGCUGGACGUGAUUGAUGACUCACGGAAGCUGAGUGUGACAGUGCAGCUUGACGUGCCGGUGCUCGCCCCGGGCUCGGAGGCCGGUUUAACCGUGACGCUCACGGACGCGUCCGGGAAUCCGGCAGCGGGCGAGGUCGCCGUCUUCGUGGUGGACCGCGCCUUCCUCGACGUGGCGCCCCAUCCGCCCACGGACCUACUCGGGGAGUUUGAGCUGCAGCUCAGGCCGCGCCGGCUCUCUAUCGUCUCCAACGCCGACAGGAUGAUCGGCGGGGCUGCCUACGAGCGGAGCAAGGCGCGUGAUAAUAUUUUAGCAACACAGCCACGACGUGCUGACAUCUCUUGCGGUGAUCAGGCGCGGAUCAUCUCUCUGAAUGACAAGGAUGAGUGGUGCUUUGGCUCGUACCACCACAGCCAGUGGCCGAUCGCGCCAGGCGUCUCGGACGCCUUUGACCUCGCUGCCGACGCAUUCCUCGACCGGCACAGCCGGGUCUGGGUCACCGACCCGCCGGUGUCCCGAGAGCCCGCGUUCGAUCCCGCUCACUUGCACAGCAGAGUCGAAGCAGGAGGCGAACCGAUGUUUGCCAGCGCCUUCAUGGACUUGGCCGAGGACAGCCAAGCGCCUCUCAGCACCACGCGCACCACACGCGUGGGGGAGAAAGGAGUGUCUGAAGGGAGCCGCGCCACGACCGCCUCGCCAAUUCAGAUCGACGCCCCCAUUCCCAUUCGGUCCGCGUUCGAGACGGCGCCGCUGAUCCUGCCAGCUCUCACGGUGCCGCCGUCGGGCAUGGCGCGCGUUACGUGGACCCUCCCCGACAAUGUUGGCACGUUCGUGGUGCGCGCGUACGCCGCCUCCGGCACCUCCGGCGCUCGUUUUGGAACCUCGGACGAUGCGGAGCAGGUUUCGCGCAACCCGUUGUCCCUUGUGCCCUCGGUUCCGCGCAUCAGCCGCGUUGGCGACCACUUUUCCUGCGGCGUGACGGUCACCGCGGCAGACCCGACGUUUAGCGAGGAGGUGACUCUCUCCGUGCUGGCUUCGGGCGGGCUCGCCCUUACCUCCGCCGGCUCGCAGACGGUGUCUGUCGACGGCUCGCGGCCGCGGGAGGUGACCUUCAACUUUUCUGCGGCGUCGAUGGCCCGGGCUGACCUCGUGUUUGCUGUCGCCGCGAGCGAGACGUCCGACGCGUUGUCGGCGAGCGUUCCGGUCCUCUCGCCCCAACAGGAGAUUUUUGUGGCCACCUCGAUGCCCAUCACCGCCUCCGAGGCCGGCACGCCGUGGACCGAGGGGCUGGCAUUGCCAAAGGCGACACCCGGCAGCGGCUCCCUCGAUCUCAUCGCCGGCGUGGGCUACCUGCCGGCAGUGCGGGCCAUCAGCUCUGCACUGGUGGCGCCAGAGCCGUGCGAGGACCGCACAAGGUAUUGCUCCUCCAUGUCGGUCGUCAACUCGCUGGCCGCGCUGCCGGUGCUCGAAGAGUACCUUGGCGAAGCCGACGAGGCGGCUCGGGCGGCGGCCGACGUGUUUGGGUCGAGCCUCACACUGUUGGAGGAGAUGACGGACGGCUCUGGGCUCCGCAGCUCGCUCCGGGUCCCGCAGCGCAGGUCAAUCGACCUGCCGCUGACCGCUUGGGCGCUCGAGGUGCUCAGCGACGCAGAGCGGCGGCCGCUGAGCGCGGUGACGGCCGCCCAGACCGCGAGCGCAUCGCGGCUCAGAGUGCAGUGGACCGCCGCGCUCAGCGAGGCGCUCGCGCAGGAGGUCGACACAUCGAGGCAGAACGGGUAUCCCUUCCGAGGCUACGACGCUGUGGCGCGCGUGCGGCUGUCGCUUGGCGUCGCCGAUCUCCCCGGGCUGGACGCCGACGCCACCUCGCUCACUUCGAUGGAGCGGCUCGUCGCUGCGGCCAAGGACGGGACGUGUGGCUCCUACUGCUCUGCGGCGACCGCCCUCAUCCUGCUGCGCGAGUCCCCUGCUGACCGCGACGCGCUGAAGCUGCUGACGGACUUGGCCAAUCAGCUUCGGGCGACGGGCCGCACGGCAUACCUUGCCCACGACGGUUCGGCGCACGCCCAGGGCAUGAGCGUGCAGGCGCUGGUCGCGCGCGGGUCGCUGCUGUGCGCCGACCGAUCGCCGAUCCCGUUACUGCUGCUGCAAAAGUUGGCCAACUACAUCGCGCAAGGAGGAGCGCAGUGGGGCCCAGGGGUCGUUGGUGGUGGCGGCGGCGGCGGCUCGGCCGGGGUGGCGCGGAUCUUCGCCUUGGCUGAGUACGACGUGCAUGUUGGCUCGGAUACGCCUGACGUCAACUUCACCGCCAGCAGCGGCCCUGUGCGGCUGCUCCACGGGCGGUUCACGCCUGCAUCGCGGGAGGCGCUCGCAUCGUCGACCUCGUGGCAGGCGCUCGACUCGCCGCCCGCGCCGCUGGUGUUCUGGGCGCGCGGCAGCGGGCAGAUCAAUGUCGCUGCUGGUCUCCGUUUUGUGCCAACCGACCCACCACCGGGGCCAGUCUACCGUGGUCUCCUUGUCGAGAUGGCGAUCCGGCUCGUGGUUAGUGGCAACCCGUCAGGCCCGCCGCUGCGCAGCUGUCACCUCGGUUCGGUGGUGGCCGUCACCAUCCAGGUCACCUCGCCCGACGACAUCGCCAGCAGCGUUCGUGUGGAGGGUUGGCUACCAGCCGGGCUGGAGCCCCUCGACCCAAACGUCGGCGAGGGCGGCGGCGGCUCGGACGGCUGUGAUGACCCUGGCCCGUGGCCCCCAGUGUACGCGGGCCGAAGGCGGACCUCGUUGUGGAGGGGUGGGUGGUGGUUCUGCCCUCUGUGGGAACGGCAGACGAUGGUGGACAAGGUGACAUGGCAUAGCGCGCACGGGAUGCGCGCGGGGACCGUCACGCUGAGUUUCGAGGCCGUGGCGGUGACGUCCGGCGUGUUUGUGCGCCCGCCAGCGCAGGCGCUCAUCGAGAUGCAGCCCGAGGUGAUGGGCUUCUCGGCGGGCGGUCUGUUCGAAGUGAGUCGUACCACGCUGACCGCCGAGCAGAUGGCGCUGCCGGUGACCCCGCCGCCGAUCGAUUGUCCGGGCGACGGCUGCUCCGGCAACGGCGUCUGUGAUGUAGUGAGUGGUGCUUGCGUGUGCUCCGGCGACUUCGUGGGCGACGAUUGCGCAGAAGCGUCAGCGCCACUAGCGCUGGACAUCUUGUCAGCGACGGGAGAGGGGGCGCAGAGGGUCGUGUUGCAGGGGUUGUCGAAGAACGAUGAGGAUUGGGUGGCGGCCGUGUCGAGUGAUGAGAGGGUCGUGGCGUCGGCCUCGUUUGUCUUCGUCAGCGGGAAUAGCGGCGCCGAGCUGACGUGGGCCCUCGCCGAGGGUGCGUCCGCAGGCAGCUCGACGGUGGUGACAGUCGUGGUGGUCGAAGGCUCGAGGGUCACAUCGCGGCAGUUCCGGCUGAGCGUUUGGGCGGUGGACGGCGAGCUGGUGGGGGCAGCAGGCAACCUCUCGCUCUUCACUCCCGGUGCUCAAAUGCACCUGCGUGAUGUCAACGUUGAGCAGCUGCGGCUGCGGCUGGAGGCGCUCAGUGGCGUUUCCAUAUCCACGCAGCAGGUAGUCGCGGCAGAUACCGACGGGGACGGAUCGCUCGACGGCGAUGAGCUGGCGGCGCUCGAGGCACGAGUGGCGAGCUUCGGCGGGGCUCAUGACAGCGGCGGCGGCAGCGGCGGCGGCAUGAGCACCGGAGUGGUUGCGGCGAUUGCGGUCGGGGCUAUCGUGGGGAUCGGAGCAAUCGGGGUUCUGCUGUGGCGUGCCCGCUGCGCCGGUAGCACGGCACGAUGUCCUAGCGAUCCGGAUGGCAGCGACGGGGACGCCGGCAAGGGCGGCAAGGCGCCGAUGAGGGAUGAUCAGGCCUUGCAGUCGCUAUGA